UCCACACACUGAGAGUCACACACUGCAGGAAAACACAGCCUUACACUCGCGUUAUGGAGUUCUGUCAUUGAACGGCCGGGAGUGAAAACAAUGGACAAUAUUUUAACAUUAUUAUGUUUGAUUAGUAUUAGCACUUAUACGGGAAGCCAGAAGAUCAGCUCAGAGAAUAUCACGCGCAUUCUGGACCGACUUCUGGAGGGCUAUGACAACCGGCUGCGUCCCGGAUCAGGAGUGUCAGUAACUGAAGUGAAAACAGACAUAUUCGUCACCAGCUUUGGCCCGGUGUCAGAUGUUGAAAUGGAGUUCACUUUGGACAUGUUCUUCCGUCAAAUGUGGGUGGACAAGAGGUUGGCUUUCGAGGGUCCCAUUGAGAUCUUACGCCUGAACAACCGCAUGCUGGACAAGAUCUGGACGCCUGACACUUUUUUCCGCAACGCGAAGAAAUCUCUGGCACACAACAUGACCUCACCCAACAAGAUGUUCCGCAUCAUGCAGAACGGCACCGUUUUCUACACCAUGAGGCUGACCAUCAGUGCAGAAUGCCCAAUGAAACUGAUGGACUUCCCUAUGGAUGGACACAUUUGUCCUCUCCGGUUUGGAAGCUAUGCCUACACAAACCGUGAGAUCAUUUACACCUGGAGGAAGGGUCUGGAGGCGUCUGUGGACAUCCCACCCGAGUCCUCUAAUCUACUGCAGUAUGAUCUAACCGGACAUACGCUGUCCAGUGAAACAUUUAAGAUCAGCACAGGCCAUUAUUCCGUCAAAGUUGUUCAUUUUGUCCUCCAGAGGAAACUGGGAUACCAUUUGAUCCAAACCUACAUUCCCCUCAUCAUGGUGGUGGUGCUGUCACAAGUGGCCUUCUGGAUCAACAAGGAGUCGGUCCCUGCUCGCACUGUUGCCGGAAUCACCACAGUUCUGACCAUGACCACCCUGAGCAUCAGCGCCCGCUCCUCCCUGCCCAAGGUAUCGUACGCCACGGCCAUGGACUGGUUCAUUGCGGUCUGCUUUGCGUUCGUAGCCUCUGCUCUGGUGGAGUUUGCUGCAGUUAACUACUUUUCUACUCUGGAGGCCAACAGAAUGAGACGCAGAGUCUCCAGAGGAUCCGUGUUGGAGUCCAUUGCUGAGGGCAGCGAUGAUGAAGAAGACUCGGUGUCACAGACCAGUGUUGGAGGCCGGGUAAGAAAGAGGAUGGGCUCCAUCUCUGAACCCCCCAAAACCCGCCUACCCAUCUUCCUCCAGCAGGGCUCGGCCGUACCCCAAAACAUGUCGCUGGCAGGGACCAGCCCCAUUGACCAGUACUCCCGCAUCCUCUUCCCACUGGCCUUUGCCAUUUUCAACAUCAUCUACUGGUACAUUUACCUCAGCAAGGACACCAUAGAGAAAUCCAGGGAGAUCGACUGAGUUUCUCAGGCACGCGGUUCAGCUCGGCAAGCUCAUGCACUGCUGCAGAACAAGCAUCUGCAUCUGAAAGUCUACAAUAAUUAUUUAAACAUUUAUAUAAUUAUUAAUCUGAAUACAUUUAGCACUAAUUAUUAGAACAUAAACUCUGUUUGGUAAGCUUAUUGACCCUUGACCUACAUUUACACAGUUGAAUCCAAUUAUGAGAAAGGGUUAAGGAGCCAAUUGCAAGUUUUUCUCCUCUUUUCUCAUCUUCUCUGAAGAGUGGCAACAUGGGAGCCUCAAAACACUUAAAUUCACAAAUGUCCUGAAAACAAAGACUCUUCAGCAUGAUAAUUUAGAGGAAGGAUACAAAAAGCUCAAUAAUCUCAGAGAUUUCAGCUUCAGUUUCCACUGUGAGGAACAGAGUGAGGAAAUAGAAGAUCACAGACACAGUUCUAGUUAAGACCUGAAGUGGCAGAACAAGAAAAAUCUCAGAUAAUCAGAGGAGAAGGAUGGUGAGAACAGUCACAGUCAACCUACAGACCACCAGAGCUCCAAACACCUACAUCAUCAUCUUACUGCAGAUGGAGUCACUGUGCAUCGUUCACUAUUCACUAUUCAGCUCACUUUACACAAGGAGAGGCUGUAUGGAGGAGUAAUUAAUGCAGAAGAAGUCUUUUCUGAGCACACGCCACAAACAGAGUCACUUGAGGUAUGCUAAAGCAAAAACACAUUUAGACAAGCCAGCUUCAUUUUGGAAUAAGGUUCUGUGGACUGAUGAAUCUAAACUUGAGUUAUUUGGAAGGCGGUUAUUUAUGCAUUGAGGAAAAAGAACACAGCAUUCCAACAUUAACACUUUACUGCUCCCCACAGCAAAAUUGGGUGGUGGUUCAUCAUGCUGUGGGGCUGUGUGACCAGUGCAGGUACUGGGAAUCUUGUUAAAGUUGAGGGUCUCAUGGAUUCCAGUCAAUAUCAGCAUAUUCUUGCAAACAAUGUUCGAGAAUCAGUGAGAAAGUUUGAAGUUAAAGCGCCGGGGCUGGAUCAUUCAACAAGACAACGACCCUAAACACUAAACACUAAACACUGCUCAAAAUCUACUAAAGCAUUCAUGCAGAGGAACAAAUACAACACUCUGGAAUGAUCAUCUCAGAUCAUCUCAGUCCACAGACCUGAAUAUUAUUGAAAAUCUGUGGUGUGAUUUUAAUGCGGCUGUUCAUAAUCAGAAACCAUCAAACCUGACUGAACUGGAGAUGUUUUGUAAAGAAGAAUGAUCCAAAAUACCUUCAGCCAGAAGCCAGACUCUCAUUGUAAGCUAUAGGAAGCAUUUAGAGGCUGUGAUUUCCUCAAAAGGAGGAUCUACUAAAUAUUAAAUGUAUACACCUGCCUGAUUCUGUUUAAAGAAUUAUUGUACACUUUCUGUAAAUUCUAUAAACUUUAUUUUACUUCUCAAAUAUCACUCUGUUCGUUUGUUAUAAGAUAUAUUUAACUGAAAUUGCUGAACUCAACAACCAAUGAUUUAUAAAGGAGAAGCUACAGAAAAACUGCUGCAACAGAUGUCUGUACCUAUAGACUCCUGAAAAAUCUAUUUGUUAAUUUAUGUAAUAAUAUAUAUUGAAAUAUUGGAAAUAUAGAAAUGUAAUAUCAUAGAAUGGUUAUAUUAUGAAAUAUUACAAUACUUUAAGCAAGUCUAUAUACUGAUUAAUAUUUAAAAAAUGAUAAGUACUCUAAAAACUGAAAAAAAAAACACAGAGAACACAUAGACAGAGGUUGCAUUUACGGUAAAACUUUUCUGCAUUAUUUUAGUUUUUGAAGUCACGUUAAAGUUUACAUUGUAUGAAUAAUGGUUCACAGUUUUAUUAUAUAAUUUCCCAAUUACAUUAAAGAGCCCAUAUCAUGGAAACUCAAUGACCCUGGGUAUUUUUUAAAAGAAAGUAGUGUGGGAUGCAGUUUAUUGACAAAUAAAAACCAUUAAAUUCCCUCUCUAGUAGAUACAGUCUUCACAUGCAAACUAAACCAUAAAAUGUUCUGAUUUGAAUUCAUUAUGUGUGUGAUAGCAGAGAAGCAAACAACAAGUCAAACAAUUAAUAUAACAGUUAAUAUAAUCAGUAUAGAUGUUUUGGAUACAGUCAUGUCUUGUUUUAUGUAUUAUAUUUUAUUUUUAUUUUUUUAAUACCAGCAUAUGCAUUUGUAUGGUCUUCCAGAUCUCACCUUGACUGCCACACUUCCCCUGAAUAUCCAGUCCCUUAUAACAGUCCACUAUGUUGAAACCACCAGCCUUCUUAUAGCCUUCUUUGCCUUGUGGCAGUUGUUUUUUUUUUCAGUUUCUUUAGUUUUUUGACAGUUGUUUAGAUGAGCCUGUGUUUGGUGAAAGUUAAUACAAGGUUAGUACAACGCAGGACAGCCAAUCAGUCUACAGAUCAUUGACACAAUGCAGUUUUAAAGGUACAGAAACAAAAACAGCCAGUUUAGGUUUAAACAGUAGGGAUAAAAAGAUGAUUUAUGGCUGUUCUGGGUAAAUGAACCCAAACAUAUGGUAUAAAUGGACCUGAGGGGAACCUGAAUAAACUGAAAGAAAUAUGAACCUAUAUAAGGCAGAUUAAACUGUAUUUAUAUUCUGACAAUCUCUUUUUUAUUUUAUCAUUAUUUCUUUGUUCAUUCAUUGUCUCUCAUCUCUC